AUGCCUGUUAUCGCAGCGACUGGGAAACACCGUCGCAAAGUCCUUUUCUCUUCGACCAGUCAAGGACCAUCCGUGACCGCAGGAAAACCAAAAGGUCGAAACUUCAGCGCAAACUUGCAGGUCAAUAGUCGCUCCCCAGCGGCCACCAGUUCCCACAACCAUUCAUCGUCCCUCCAGAGCGGAAAGAUGGGGGAAAGCCAAGUCCAUCCCGGAAUUCCAGCGCUCUUCAGGGAGCCGCCUCUGAUCCACGACUCACUCUCCACAGAGACCACUGGUCUUCAAAGCGAAACAGUCAACAAAUGCCUGCCAUUGCUGAAGGGAAUCCACAACAGCCAAAAAGGUCCCUUUAACAAGUAUGGAUAUCUUUACGACUCACUGGAGGACUAUCCCGCCUCCUUUGUCGCGCUCGAUGCUAGUCGCCCUUGGAUGGUUUACUGGGCCUUGGCAGGGCUAUGCCUUCUAGGAGAAGAUGUGACUCGAUUUCGCGAACGCGUCAUCUCCACAUUCACUGCUGCGCAGAAUCCCACUGGUGGGAUUGGAGGAGGGCAUGGCCAGAUGUCGCAUGUUGCAUCGAGCUAUGCUGCGGUGCUGUCUAUCGCCAUGGUUGGUGGUGAAGAGGCAUUCAAAUUGAUUGAUCGAAAGGCAAUGUGGAAAUGGCUCGGAAAAUUGAAGCAGCCUGAUGGCGGCUUUACCGUCUGUGAGGGUGGAGAAGAGGACGUGCGAAUUGCCCCGGAAGCCGAAGCUCGGCAGAAUGGGUUGGAGACAUUCACGGAUGGCCUUCCUGAAUAUCUUUCGCGAUGUCAGACCUAUGAAGGUGGUAUCUCCGGGAGUCCGGGCACUGAGGCGCAUGGCGCUUAUGCCUUUUGUGCUUUGGCCUGUCUUUGUCUCCUUGGUCGGCCUGAAGUGGUUGUGCCAAGAUAUAUGAAUGUUGCAACGCUCCUUCCCUGGCUCUCGGCUCGACAAUAUGCACCCGAGGGAGGUUUCUCCGGCAGAACCAAUAAAUUGGUGGACGGGUGUUACAGCCACUGGGUAGGAAAUUGCUGGCCCCUCGUCCAGGCUGCGCUAGAUGGCACUCAGUCAGCGGCAGACCCUAAGCGAGCUUCCGUCGGCAAUCUUUACAGUCGAGAGGGAUUGACAAGAUAUAUCCUUUCUUGUUGCCAGUGCAAGCUUGGCGGCCUUCGAGACAAACCGGGAAAACACCCGGAUUCAUACCAUACAUGUUAUGCCCUCUCCGGGCUCAGCACGGUUCAAUAUCACCAUUACUGUACUGACUCAAGUGCGAGCUCGAAGGAUGACUUCAGCUCUGCAUUCUCUUGGAAGCACGACCCUAACCUCGCCUCGGAUGAUCAAGGAUCCGACAUUGGUGUAUUCACUGAGAAUGAUCGACUCGUUCCUUUCCAUCCCAUUUUUGUCAUUCCACACAAGUCAGCCGAAGGUAUACGUGUCUGGUUCGAAAAUCAAUCUUUCGACCUGUAG